AUGGCCGGGGGCCCGGGGGCGGCCGGGGCUCCAGCCAGCUCUGAGCGCCCGCCUCCCGCCCCCGCUCGCUCGCCGGGUUCCGGGGCGGUCGCCGAGCGCGGGCGCCGGGAGGAGGCGGCGGAGGCGGCGGCGGCGGCGCAGGGCCGCCCCCGCCCGCCCGCGCCCGCCCAGCCUCUCCGGACCAAGGCGGCCCCUCCUCCCGGUCCCGGGGGCGGUGGCUCGGCCUCGCCCCCCGGGACCGGCGGCUCAGCCCCUCCGGCCUCCGUCCGCGCCAAAAAAGGCCCGGGCGGCGAUAGCUCCCCGCUCGGGUCGUCCCGGGCCGUCGGCCGGGAGGGGAUCCCAGCCCCCCAGCAGGCAGCCUCCUCCCACGCCUGGCUUCUCACUUCCGCCCGCAGGACCCCCGCCGCCCGGCUCCGGCUUUCGCGGAGGGAAACCUCUCUUCCCUCUUUCCUCCGAACAGAUGAAACAGUCAGAUUGCUUGCAGAAAGAAUAAAAGCAGAGGAAAGAAUCUACGUCUUCCAAAGGCUAAAGGACAGAGUAUUGAAAUGGCCUGGAAAGUGUUCAGCAUUAACAGCAGCAAGUCAAACGUUCACCUGGGGUGCAACUGGGAAGAAACAAAAGAAAAAUCGACGUGCAGUCAAAGAGCCGCUUCAUUUUUCUAGAAAGUGA